AUGAAGAUCAUCUGGACUUUCACUCUGCUCAUGAUUCCUGGUGUGGUGAGCUCCAUGAGUGUCAUCGGAUAUUCAGGAGGCGGAGUCAUGAUCACAUGCAAAUAUGACAGAGGAUUUGAGACAUAUCCAAAGUAUUUUUGUAAAGAACAGUGGAUAUCACCAUGCUCUGAGCUCAUCAGGACUGAGAUUAAUAGUGAAGAGAAAUGGGUUCAGUCUAGAAGAUUCUCUCUGAUUGAUAACACAACAGCAGCAUUUUUAACUGUGACCAUCAGAGAUCUGACAGAACAGGAUUCUGGGACUUAUUACUGUGGGGUUGAAACAUAUGGACCUGAUCUCGGCACUAAAGUGAAUCUAGAGGUCAUAACAGGUCCACGAAUCGGGACAGUGAGAGGAUAUUCAGGAGGACAUGUCAUUAUAAACUCCAGCUAUGAGAUACAACACAAGAACAGUCAGAAACACGUCUGUAAAACUGGAGAAAAUCAUUGUUUAUCUCUGAUCAACAUUAAUGCAGCAGCAGAAUGGAAAGACAGCGGUCGAUUCUCCAUUCAUGAUGACAGAUCUGCAGAUCUCUUGCGUGUGUUUAUCAGAGAGCUGAAUGUCCAGGAUUCUGGAGAAUAUAGGAUUAUAGUCAGAGAAUCUGAAGACUACAGCUUCUUCUCUGAGUUUGAGCUGGUCGUCACAGACGGUGAGCCGCUUUCAGUCAUUCCUGCAUUUGUUGAUGUGCUAGAUGUGCUGAAGAUCUGGUUGUGA